AUGGAAUCAAAACCAGGAAAAGAGCGGCUCAAUGCCACUUUACGGAAGGAGUGGAGUCCAGAAAGAGUAUUUGUAAAAAUAGUAUUGUUAAUUAAGAGAAAUAUUCCAAAUGUGAAUGUAUAUACUCUUCUUAGAGAAAGUCGGGUGUUGCCUGGCUUCAGAGCAUUGACUGCUGCAACAUGUUUUUCAUCCAUAUUAAAAUUGAAACAAGCUAGACGCAUCGAUGUUCUCAAAGACCCAACCACACUAGAAAUAGUAAAUAUAACUAUUGCAGAUGAAGAACAAGUACAUCAUAAUAUACGUAGUUAA